AGUUUCUUGUCCACAUCAGUGUUUGCGACUGUCUUAGAACAAAACUUUCCAGUUUGUUAAAGCCUUAUUUUUCCCAUAUUUUGCUACCAGAGACUAUGAAGACUAGGAGUGGAAAGCGUUCCGAGGCCUUUUGGCCAUCCAUCGUGAUGAAGAAAUGGUUGAACAUAAAGCCAAAGGUGUACGAUUUUAGCGAAGAUGAGGUCGAAACCGAAACCGAAAGUGAAGAUGAUGCUUUCUCUGUUAAAGAUUCAAGAUUGAAUGGUGAUGAGGAGCAGAACCAUAGCCCGUUGCAAAACCAAGACUGCAGCAGCCAAAUUUCAGAUUCGCCGUUUAUGGGUCAAUGGUUAAGACACCGGAGGGGAAAGUCGGAAACUCUGCACGUACAGUGCAUGAACACAAAGGAUGUGAGGGUGACAAUAGGCACUUGGAAUGUUGCUGGAAGACUUCCUUGUGAUGAUCUUCAGAUCGAUGACUGGCUUUGCAUGGAAGAGCCGGCAGAUAUUUACGUUAUCGGUUUCCAGGAGGUAGUCCCUUUGAAUGCCGGAAAUGUACUGGGAGCCAAGGAUAACAGGCCGAUUCCUAACUGGGAGGCAAUCAUUCGAAGAACUCUGAACCGAGCUUUGGAGCCUGAAAGCAAGCAUAGAUGCUAUAGUGCCCCACCUCCUUGUUCAGUUGCAAAUGUAUCCACCGAUGAGACACCUGGUCUGCCAUUGGAGUAUUUGGAGACUGCAAAUGAAGUUCGCCAAAAUUUACAGCAGAAGAGAACAUAUGGCUUUGAGUAUGAAACCGGGAUAGUGUGGCCUGAAAAUGAAAACCAACAAGUUCGGGUUUUCUCUGCAAUAUCUGAUGAUAGUUUCGUGGAAGCAGCAGUAGAGGAAGAUGAUAAUGAUAGGGCGAUGUCAAGGUCGAAGUACGUGCGAAUAGUGAGCAAGCAGAUGGUUGGAAUCUACAUAUCGUGGGUGCGAAAGAGGCUGAGGAAACAUGUUGGCAAUUUGAAAGUCUCUCCUGUUGGUAUUGGUCUUAUGGGUUACCUGGGAAACAAGGGAUCUGUUUCUGUUAGCAUGAAUCUUUUCCAAUCCAGGCUGUGCUUUGUGUGUUCGCAUUUGACAUCUGGUCAUAAAGAUGGAGCUGAACAAAGACGCAACUCUGAUGUGUACGAAAUUAUACGACGAACCCGUUUCUCAACUGUCGUCAAUACAGAUCAAUCGCAAACAAUCCCAUCUCACGAUCAGGUAUUUUGGUUUGGGGAUCUGAACUAUCAUCUCAACAUGUCGGAUGCUAAGGUGAGAAAGCUUGUCGCUCAAAAGCGAUGGGAAGAACUACUCAACAAUGAUCAGCUUCAUAAAAAACUGUGCGGUGGGCACGUUUUCGAUGGAUGGAAAGAAGGGGUCACAGAUUUUCCUCCUACCUACAAGUAUGAAAUACAUUCCGAUAGAUAUGUCAGUGUGAUCCCUAAGGAAGGGGAGAAGAAGAGAUCUCCGGCAUGGUGUGAUCGUAUACUCUGGUCAGGAAUAGGCAUCAAACAACUUUGCUACCAACGGGCAGAAAUAAGACUUUCGGAUCAUCGACCAGUCAGUUCAAUGUUUUUAGUCGAAGUUGAAGUCUUGGACCAUCGGAAGUUGCAAAGGGCUCUCAAUGUCAGCACAGCUGCUGUCCAUCCAGAGAUUUUCUUUGAUGAAAAUGGAGACUUCGAGCUUUAGUGUAAACCAGGUAAUCAACCUUAAGAUUCAAAGAGUUAUCAAGAAAACAAACGUCUUGAUGGCUCUGCUUGAGGCUCUUUUUCCUAAUAGGAAGCAGUUAUUGUUGUGCCAUAAUGAGCAGGCCUUUGUUUAUGAGUUACAUUUUCUUAUAUAAAAAUUAAGAAACUGAAGCAUACUUUAUUUAACAAAGCCAAGAUUGAAAACAAGAACGAGAGAGUAUCAUCGCUUGUUUAUGCA